AGGAAUGUAAGAAAUACUCACCAGCAAAAUGUACAAGCUUUAACUAUGACUAUGGAGACGCUGGUACUUGCGAAUUGCUUGAAUUUGUGGAAGGAAAUGAGGCAGAACUACACGAGUCUGGAUUUUUCCAUCACUUUGAACGACUUGGUGCAGGUCAUUCUGGAAAGUACAACUACGAAAAGCUAGACUUGUCUCACAAUGCGACGUAUUAUUUCAACUAUCAAAUCGUUAAUACAUUGGGUUAUGAAAGCAUUCUUACAUCCAAAUCCAUCCUCGCUGACUUCACACCACCGUCGCCUGGACCAAUACCAGAACAUUUAUCAAGUCAGUUCACCCAUGAGAGGUGUCUAGAUAUUACAACUGAUGUAUUUGAAGAGAGGUGUAUAGACCAGACACCACUUAAGAACUACAGGGUAAUCGUCGAUGGAGUAACAGAGCCUGAUGGCCCACAUUCGCUGUGUGUAUUCAAUGGAGACGAGGAUAUGGUUGAUAUGAGAUGGAC